AUACACCCAUUUUUACGUAAGAUUUCUUGUGGAUCUCUCUCUCUACAAGUCCCUUUCUCUCUCUUCAUAUCUCUUAUACAAUGGAGAUGUCUAGUGUUUUGAAGUUCUUGGAGAAUAAAUCCAUUUUAGUCACCGGUGGAGCUGGCUUUUUAGCUAAGAUAUUUGCGGAAAAGGUGCUAAGGUGUCAACCAAAUGUUAAGAAAGUCUAUCUUUUGAUUAGGGCAGCAGACAAGAAAUCAGCUUCACUGAGAUUGCAAAAUGAGGUGAUUGGAAAAGCCUUGUUCAAGGUACUUAAGCAAAAGAUGGGUUCAAACUUCAAUUCCUUCAUAUCAGAGAAGAUAAAGGUGGUGCCAGGUGACAUUACUUGUGAAGACUUGGGAAUUAAAGAUUCAAAUAUUAAAGAAGAAAUUUUGAAGGAGGUUGAUGUUAUUGUUAACUUAGCUGCAACCACCAACUUUGAUGAAAGGUAUGAUGCAUCUUUGAAUCUCAACACUUUUGGAGCAAAGUACGUCCUUGAUUUUGCCAAUAAAUGCACCAACUUGAAGAACCUUCUCCAUGUAUCAACGGCUUAUGUAUCUGGUGAAAUGGGUGGACUAGUAAAGGAGAGUCCAUACUCUAUGGGUGAGUCACUAAAUGGGAGACCAGGCUUAAACAUUGAAUUUGAGAAGACACUUAUUGACAAAAAAUUAGAAGAGCUUCAAGCUGUGGGAGCCACAAAUGAAACUAUCAAGCAUACAAUGAGGGACAUGGGACUUGAGAGGGCAAAGCAGUGGGGAUGGCCAAAUGUGUACGUAUUCACAAAGGCACUCGGGGAGAUGCUUAUAAUACAAGAAAAAGGAGACAUUCCUCUUGUCAUUCUUCGUCCUACAAUCGUAACCAGCACUUUCAAAGAACCCUUCCCUGGUUGGGUUGAAGGCGUUAGGACGAUUGAUAGUCUAGCUGUUGCUUAUGGCAAAGGAAGGCUGCCUUGCUUUGUCGGUGAUCCCGACUCAGUUGUUGAUGUGAUUCCAGCUGAUAUGGUGUGUAACGCAAUGCUAGUAGCAGCAAUGAUUCAUGCAAAUGAGAAGGGUAAUCCAAGGAUUUACCAAGUUGGAUCAUCCGUCAAAAAUCCCACCACAUUCUCGAAUCUACAUGAAGUGGCGUACCAGUAUUUCCAACGCUAUCCUUGGAUUAACAAGGAUGGGAAACCUAUUAGAGUUGGCCAUGUUAGGGUUUUAGGUUCUAUGGAUAGCUUCAAUAGAUACCUUACUCUUUAUUACCUACUACCCUUGAAGGCACUAGAACUAGCAAACACAGCAUUAUGCCAGUCCUUUAGAGGUACAUUCUUGGAACAAACAAGGAAGAUUAACUUUGUAAAGCGGUUGAUCGACAUUUACAAACCCUAUUUAUUUUUCAAGGGCAUAUACGAUGAUAGCAACACCGAAAAGUUAAGAAUGGCAGCAAAAAAUAGAGGAGUAGAAACCGAUAUUUUCUACUUUGAUCCCAAGGAUGUUCAUUGGGAAGAUUACUUCAUGAACACUCAUCUUCCUGGUUUGGUCAAGUAUGUUUUCAAGUGAUCACAAAAUAAAAAAAUGUGGUUCAAGUUUUAAAACAAAUAAA